AUGGAAACCUUCACGUGGCAGCCGCCGGCGACCGAUGUCUCAGGAGCAGAGAGUUCAGAGCUUCGCCGCCUGCGGCAUCAGUUCGGCAGCGCCGACCUCGGCUUCAUGCGCUGCGGUCCGGACGUGGUGGCCUUGCAAGAAGACGAGGUCUACGAACUAAUCCUGGACGCCCAGAAGAACCUUGCCGGCGUGCGUGUGCUGCACGACGAUGUUGUUCGAUGGCAGCUCUCUGGUGCCGUCCUUUUUACAGAUGCGUUAGCAUCCGGCGGAAUCUACAUUCAACCACGACCGGACUUGCCGCAUGCGAAGCAAGAUAACCUUGUGUCGCCGCAGCCCAGUAUGGUGUGUAUCCAGCAUCGCAGCACUUCGAAGCACCGCCUACCAUGGAAUCGCCGCAACCUGUGGAAACAGCACAGCAACAUCUCACAACAGAGAAAGGUAUGGUUGCUGACAGUGAAUGUUGGUGUGCAGCAGGAGGAAGCCAAGCCGCAGCCGUUUCUUGACGGAGGGGGGUUGGCAAUCGGAGCCUUGUGUGCUAUUGCUUACAUGUUUAUCACAACGGUUGCAAUAAUUGGUGUGUACAUUGGUGAAAAGGAGCUGAUGCAGCAUGAUUUUCGAGGCUGGGACUGGUGGUGGUUCCUACCCCGCCUUAUGACACUGGGUGCUCAGCUCUGGAAUCAGCGCUUGGUAGAAAGCUUGCUUGGUCACCCUCAGCAAAUGUGCAUGGCCUUCGCAUUCAACGCAGUGGCCAUGUUGGUUUGGUCUUUGUGUGAGCUGCCGUUCCAUAUCCUCAAGCGCCCAUGGCGCUUGCAGUACUUCAUCGUGAAUAGUGCGGGGUAUGAAGUGGCUUUGUAUGUGCAGUUGCUGUUGAGUUUCUUUGCAGACCGCCACUACCGCGUGCUGCCACCCUCAGCUGAUUGUGGACGACCCAUGCACAAGAAGCGCCAGGUGUUGUGGACUGCCUUUCUGGUCUUAAUGAGUGUGGCAUUGUUGGGAGCCCAGGUGAUCCUCAUUAUCGUUUACCUGUAUCUGCUGGACGCGAGCAGCAUACUUGCUGGCUUGUUCCUGAGUCUCAGCACCUCUGCCUCCGAGCUGUUAUCGGUGAGCCUCAUGGAGGCGAUGUACACGAGGUUGGUGUGGCCGCGCGCAAACGGGGAUCCCUGCACUGUUUGGGGUGAGCAGCAGGUUCCGGUGAGCGCUUUGGCAGGAUAUGCUCACGCUGCUGCCGAGUCCACACGCCUCAUCAGCCUUCUCAGCGCUGCAUUUCGCAGCCCCACUUGGCAAUGGCACUGGCUUGGUAGCUUGGUAGCCAUCUUCUUGACCAACCUGGGGUAUCACGUGAGCGCAGCUGCGUAUGUGCUACCGACGAGGCUUCUGGCAUUCCACCGACCGGGUUGCAAUGCCAUGGUGCACCGCCACUCCAGGGUGUCGUGUGGCUAUUUCCGUUUCAUCGCGGUUGGUGCCUACAUGCUCUACCGGCUGGUGUGGCUUAGCACGGCUUCCGAGUUCGCGAAGCCGCUCUUCAACGACCGCGCGCUGGCCCUUUUUUUCGCAGUUUUGCUCAUGGAGAUCUUGGAGGACAUGGUUGUGCUCCUCAGACUGCUACCCUUGGAUCCGUGGCGUAGCAGCAUGAAGCAUGCCUAUGCGCUGCUGAGCCCGUUCCAUCCGAAGCAGGUCAUGUGCAAGGAUCACCGCGGCCUCCACCCGCACGCGGCACCACUGCGACUGCACGGCUCACGCCCAAUCUCUAGGUCGGUGAGCAUGGCUAUCAUGCAGAUCGUCUGCAGUGUAUGUCUCACCUUGAUGUGGUUUCCUCUUGGUCAAGGCUUUUGGGUAGGAAUCUGCCCCGAGCCGAUGCGUCCAUCCGAGAGGCUCAGCAACACAAUCUGGUGGCCCCGGCCCUUGACAUGUGCCUAA